AUGUCUUCAGAUCCGAACGAUAUGUCUCCAGAAUCGACAUCUUCCUCCCCAUCACCCACUGCUGCGCAAACCACUCCAGGCACUUCGACCAGCUCGACCGCCGGCAGCAGUCAAGGUCCCAACUCGGCCGCUCGCCGGCCGCCCCGGAAGAGUACUCUGACGCAGCAGCAGAAGAAUCAGAAGAGACAAAGGGCGACACAAGAUCAAUUGGUGACUUUGGAAUUGGAAUUUGCCAAAAAUCCCACUCCCACUGCUGCUACUCGAGAACGGAUUGCUCAGGAGAUCAACAUGACCGAACGGUCGGUCCAAAUUUGGUUCCAGAACAGCCGUCGUCGAGCCAAGAUAAAGAUGAUUGCAAAGAAGAGCUUGGAGACCGGUGAAGAUUGUGACAACAUCCCCGAGUCUCUCCGGCAGCUGCUGGCCAUGCAGGCCAUGGAAACUGGCAGGCCAUUCCCUCGACAGCUACUCGGUCGUCCUGGUGGGCACAUGGCCCACUAUGGAAAUGGUGGCAUGUUGAUGAAUGGUGACCCUACGGGCCCAGGUAAAACAGUCAUUCAACAUCUCACCUGUCGCUCUUUGAGCAUCGGUACCUGGCGACGCGUCGGCCAGAACGCCAUGGAUCUGGUCAUCUUCUACUCCCCCGACAAAGCCUGCAUCACAUACUACAUCAACAACGACUCGGCAGGCUACAAGAUCGAAUAUCCCUUCGCCUGUAUCAAGAGCAUUCAUUUGGAGCCCGGUGACACGGCUCCACCUGCAAACGGAUCUCCGGCGCGGCUGGGUGGGCUGGUCAUUGAGUUGAACCGGCCACCCAACUUCUUCAUGGACUCGUCCGGCUCUGGAGGCUUCUACCAAUGCGGCGACUUUACCGAGGACCAACAGGCAUCUCAGAUUUUGACGCACCAUUUGGGAGGCCAUCCAAAGGUGCUGAGCGGGCAACUCGCCAAACUGGUCUCUCUCGACUCUUUCCAGAACAGAUUCAACCCCUUUGACAUGAGUGCGAUGCCCGCAUCGGCACCCGUCUCGCCCACGAUGGGCAUUGUCCGACCGGCCUCUCAGCCUUCGGUUCAAUUUGCCCGCCCGCAUCCUCCUCACGUGGGCAUGUUCCAAGAACAAUUUGGCAUCCACCAACACCUCCAUCCUUCUCGUAUGCACCCAGGACAUAAGCGUCAACGUAGUCGGUCGGUUCCCAUCGCGCUUGACUUUUCUAUGCUUCAUGGGCCAAUGCCCACCUUUCACGUCCAGCAACCGUCGCCUCAACUUGGACCCGACCAGCACCAUCUGUUCCAGCCCAUGCCACAGCAACCGGCCCAGACUCCUCUGGGGCCGACUUUGCAGAUUGAUACUUCUGCAGGGUACGGCAUGGACUUCCGUCAAAUGCCCAUGUCGGCGACGGCCACCUCACCUUCGGAAUUCGCCAGUCCGGGAUUCUUCCCUUCCAACCCCGCCCAAGCCCCGAUGCCAGGUUCGGAAUUUGGCACUCCCCAACAAUUCAACGUACCGUUCCUCUCUCCCUCUCCCAUGGUCGAUCACCAUAUGAUGCAUAACCAAAUGUCUCCGCUAUCUCACAUGGGACACCCGGAUCCGGUGAUUGCCGACCACUCGCCACCGUUGUCGACGAUGCAUCGAAGUGCGUCGGCUGACAUGUUCGGCAUGGGCCAUGAUCACACUGGCAUGAUGGACGAGACUUUGAUGUUGGGAGAGAUCUACUCGAAACACAAUCUCAACAUGCCGAUGCCCAGUCCCGGGUACGACGAGAGCGGACUAGCCAUGAUGGGCGACAUGUCCGAAUUCCACACUCCACGGGAACACAUGGACAUGCCCAUGACCCCGUUCGGGACGAUUGAUCCCCACAACCUGCAAGCUGGCCUACACUAA